AUGACUUACUGGCCUUGGUCUGAGGGACACAGAAGGAAGUGCUACCAAGCACACAAUAGCUGCAAUUUUGCCCUACACGCCAAGGAAGGCGAGAUCACCAGCUUCACUACCCCGGGCUUUCCCAACAGCCCGUACCUGAACAAUGCUCGUUGCAUUUGGGUCCUGAGGGCCGACGCUGACUCUAUCAGCCUUACUUUCAAGACUUUUGAUGUGGAACGCUACAGCGAAGGGAACGACUUCAUCAGGGUCUACAACUCCUUGAGCCCCGUGGAACCUCACACCCUUGUGACGCUGUGCGGCAGUUACCCUCCAUCCUACAACCUGACCUUCCUGUCCUCCCAGAACGUCAUGCUGAUCACCAAUGCUGAGGGGCGGAAUCCUGGCUUCAAGGCAGAGUUCUUCCAGCUCCCGAAGGCUAAAACCUGCAGCAAGACUUUGUCCUUUCAAAGUGGAACCUUCACCACCCCUUACUACCCGGCCCACUAUCCGCCCAACAUGGAUUGUGUCUGGGACAUAGAGGUCCCCUCUACAAAGAACGUGAAGGUGCAUUUCAACCCGUUCUACGUAUUGGAACCUGGUGUCCCGGUCAGUUCCUGCACCAAGGAUUAUGUGGAGAUCAGCAAUACCAAGUACUGUGGCGAGCGCUCCCAGUUUGUGGUGGUAAGUAACAAUAAAAUCACAGUCCGGUUCCAUUCAGACCAGUCGUACACAGACACUGUCUUCUCGGCAGAGUUCCUGUCUUACGAUUCCAGUGACCCCUGUCCUGGCAAGUUCAUCUGCAACACUGGCCGUUGCAUUGAUAAAGUCAUGCGCUGCGACGGCUGGAUGGACUGCACGGAUGGCAGCGACGAGCGCUCCUGCAAUUGCACCAAGGAGCAGUUCAGGUGUAAUAACGGCUGGUGCAAGCCACACUUCUGGCUCUGCAAUGGUGUGAAUGAUUGUGGGGACAACAGCGAUGAGCUGCAGUGCAAAUGCCCAGAUAAGAACUUCAAGUGCAGCAAUGGGAAAUGCAUUCCUGAAACCCAGAAGUGUGACGGCAAGGACGACUGCAGGGACAGGAGUGACGAGGGCACCUGCAGCAGAGUGAUGUCCGUCUCCUGCAAGGAUUACACCUACAAGUGCCGCAACAGCGUGUGCCUGAGCAAGACCAACCCGGAGUGCGAUGGGACAAAGGAUUGUGCUGAUAACUCGGAUGAGGAGAGCUGUAACUGUGGGAUCCGCUCUUACAGCAAGACGACCCGGAUCGUCGGCGGGCAGGACUCUGAAGUGGGCGAGUGGCCGUGGCAGGUCAGUCUGCACGUGAAAGGCCAGGGGCACGUCUGUGGAGCCUUGUUGAUAUCAGACAAAUGGCUGGUUUCAGCAGCACAUUGCUUCUAAGACCAGGGGAAAAACAGUUAUUCGGACCCCAAGGAGUGGACGGCCUUUCCAGGGCUUCAUGACCAGAGUAACCGGAACAACAAGAUGGUGCAAGAGCGAAGCAUCAAGAGCAUCACCAACACCCAAUUCAACGACUUCACCUACGACUACGACAUCGCUGUGCAGAGAGAUGGGACUUUGUACAUGCCUUGGAUUGCACCACAGAAAAUACCAGUCCCCAUCAAUUUCCACUUCCAGCUGGAACAUCCCCAUGGUCAAAAAAAGGCUAUAGCAGACUCGCCAGCCUCUUUGGCUAUGUCUACACAACCAGCAGCAGCAAGCCUAGAUCGACAGACUCGGACCCAGGCUACUAAAAAUAGCUACAAAGACAGCACUUAUGUGGGAGCUCAGCCCAGAAGCUGGGCUCUGAAGCUUCAGAACUUGACCCACAUCAUCUACCCAGCUCUUUUUACUGCUGUCUGGUGA